AUGACUAUUCAUCUAUUGUAUUUUCAUGCAAAUAGGGGGCAAGAAAACUAUAUGGAAAAAUGGCGGUUCAAUUCGAUAUUGUCUAAGAAGGAGUUAGAACACAGGUGUAGGUUAAGUAAAUCAAUGGAUAGUCUUGGUCCUAUUGAAAAUACCAGUGAAAGUGAAGAUCCGAAUAGAAAUGAUAGGGAUAAAAACAUUCAUAGUUGGAAUGAUAGUGACAGUUCUAGUUACAGUAAUGUUGAUCAUUUAUUCGGCGUCAAGGACAUUCAGAAUUUCAUCUCUGAUGACACUUUUUUAGUUAGGGAUAGUAAUGGGGGCGGUUAUUCCAUAUAUUUUGAUAUUGAAAAUCAGAUUUUUGAGAUUAACAAAGAUCGUUCUUUUCUGAGUGAACUAGAAAGUUAUUUUUAUAGUUAUCGGAAUUCUGGUUAUCUGAAUAAUGGAUCUAAGAGUGAGGAUCCCUACUAUGAUCGUUACAUGUAUGAUACUCAAUAUAGUUGGAAUAAUCACAUUAAUAGUUGCAUUGACAGUUAUCUUCAUUCUCAAAUCCGUAUUGAUACUUACAUUGUAAGUGGUAGUAACAAUUACAGUGACAGUUACAUUUAUAGUUCCGUUUGUGGUGAAAGUGGAAAUAGUAGUGAAAGCGAGAGUUCCAGUAUAAGAACUAGCACGAAUGGGAGUGAUUUAAAUAUAAGAGAAAGUGCUAAUGAUCUCGAUGUAACUCAAAAAUACAAGCAUUUGUGGGUUCAAUGCGAAAAUUGUUAUGGAUUAAAUUAUAAGAAAUUUUGUAAGUCAAAAAUGAAUAUUUGUGAACAGUGUGGAUAUCAUUUGAAAAUGAAUAGCUCAGAUAGAAUUGAACUUUUGAUUGAUCCAGGCACUUGGGAUCCUAUGGAUGAAGACAUGGUUUCUCUGGAUCCCAUUGAAUUUCAUUCAGAGGAGGAGCCUUAUAAAGAUCGUAUCGAUUCUUAUCAAAGAAAGACAGGAUUAACCGAGGCUGUUCAAACAGGCAUAGGCCAACUAAAUGGUAUUCCCGUAGCAAUUGGGGUUAUGGAUUUUCAGUUUAUGGGGGGUAGUAUGGGAUCCGUAGUCGGGGAAAAAAUUACCCGCUUGAUCGAGCAUGCUACCAAAAAAUUUCUACCUCUUAUUAUAGUGUGUGCUUCUGGGGGUGCACGUAUGCAAGAAGGAAGUUUGAGCUUAAUGCAAAUGGCUAAAAUAUCUUCUGCUUUAUAUGAUUAUCAAUCAAAUAAAAAAUUAUUUUAUAUAUCAAUCCUGACAUCUCCUACUACUGGUGGGGUGACAGCUAGUUUUGGUAUGUUGGGGGAUAUCAUUAUUGCCGAACCCAAUGCCUACAUUGCAUUUGCGGGUAAAAGAGUAAUUGAACAAACAUUGAAUAAAACAGUACCUGAAGGUUCACAAGCAGCCGAAUAUUUAUUCCAGAAGGGCUUAUUCGAUCUAAUCGUACCACGUAAUCCUUUAAAAAGCGUUCUGAGUGAGUUAUUUCAGCUCCACGCUUUCUUUCCUUUGAAUAAAAAUUCAAUCAAGUAG